AUAAAACUUUCAGGGCAGAUAAGAAGGCUGCAUGACUCCUUAAAUAAACCGAAAUCUUUCCAUGCUACCAAACAUUAUCCAGAGCACCAAAACGAGUAUACGUGUGUAAGGGAUAACUGGCAGCAGCAGGAACUGAUUUCACAUGGGAUUGGAAGGAAAAGGGAUUCAUGAGGAUGCUCUACGAUGUACUGGUGUUUAAAUGGCAACAUGCAGAAGCUAAAGGUGGUCGCUCAGAGUUUUCACACAUUUGGUUCAACAGCAGUGACGUAGCUGUACUGAAACACUGCUUCUUAUUGAGAAGUCUCUGAAGGAUUGGUUGCUGCUCUGAUAGUGAACAGGGCAGGGCUUGGACUCAUGCCUGGACCAAAGCUUUUGGGAGUGCUCUGAGGACAGCCUACGAUGCCUCAGAUGAAUAGGGGCAGUCUGCAUUACUGCUCAGCCAGACACAUCCUCGGGUAACAACCUUGAUGCAUGCAUCUGACUCACAGAAACCCAACAGCUCGGGGAGUAGCAUUUGAAGUGGUUUUGUUUUGUUCUUUUUUUUUUUUUUUUUUUUUAACUUUUCUUUUUUUGGGCAGCCCCCUCCUGCUUCCUUCCAAAUUGUUUUCUCAGCCUGAUUGAGUCUCAAAUCUGUUGCCUUCAUGUCUUGAACAGCUGGAGUGGCCCUGGACUUAGUGAGCAGACGCCGAGCGAGGUUGGACUGGACGCUGCAAGGGUCCCAGACUUCAGGAGGAGCAACCUGGUUGUCUGACCUGCAAUGCUGGAAGCUCAGGAAAGCUAAUGCCACUGCAGAUGGCUUCCUGCAGCCUAAGACUGGGACUGUGGCUCCUGCUGCUUCUCCAGGACAUCCAGGGAGCCCCACAGCCACCAUUCACCUCAUCUCAUUCCUGUGACACACUCAAGAAUUGGUUCUAUGAUGAAACAUUAGGAAGGUGCUGUUACCAGUGUCCUUCAGGUUAUGCUAAAAAGAAAUCAUGUCCCAUGGAUCCAGAUGAAGAUUGCAUGAGAUGUGGACCUGAGCAAUACCUGAACGAAUCCCCAAAGCCACGAUGUGAUGCUUGUGUCUUAUGCACCAAAGAAUUUGACCUUGUGGAGAAAGCUCCCUGCUCCUUCAAUUCCAGCCGGGUGUGUGAAUGCCGACCAGGGAUGUUUUGCCAGACUGCUGCUAAGUACACCUGCAUGAGAUGCCAGCAGCACACUGCUUGCAAGCCUGGUUUUGGAGUCAAGAUCAGAGGCACCUCAAAGACUGAUGUUUCAUGUGAAGAAUGCCCUCCUGGGACCUUCUCUGACCAAAGCUCCAGCACUGACGUCUGCAGACCCCACACGGACUGUGCCAAGUUGAACAAAGUAGCACAAGGCAAAGGAAAUGCCACCCAUGAUCAGGUUUGCGUGGAUCGAUUACCCUCCUACCUCACCCCAGACACUUCCUCCAUCAGAAUCAGCAACGAAACAAAUGACUCUGAUGUACUGAAGCUUCCGGCAAACCUGGUGACCCUUGCUAGUGUCCUUUCAAGUGCCACAACCAAAAUUCCCAGUUCAACUCCCAAGGAGAAAGCCAGCACUUCUCCCACCUCAGACAAGGGAGAGACAACAACAAGAGGUCUCGUUUUCUGGGGAGUGGUUCUCUCUGUGAUGGUGCUACCUGUGGGCAUGCUGUCAUUUUGGCAAUGGAAGGCCUGCAAGAAACGGAUCCUCAUCCUCAAAAAAAAACGUUCUGAUCUAGUGGACAAAUAUGCAAAGAUCACACUGACCACUGACAAAUGUCCAGAAGAAGAGGAGUUCACUGAUAGAACCCUCCCUUUGGAAACCAACAACAACUUGAUCUGCAGUGCUGAAAAAGCAGGCAAUCCUGUUCUGAGUCUGACUGAAGUGACGCAGAGCAAUGGAAAAGCCCCAGACUGCCCCGUUGAUUCUCAAGUGAGAGACCACACAAAUAAUCAAAUCGGAAAAAUAUUCAUCAUGAACGCCGAUACUGUUAUUGUGGGGUCUUCAAAAACGCCUGGUAUCAAAAACUGUACUGCUAGGGGAUGUGAAAGUGAUGUUGAUAUCCAGGAAAAGAUAGAAGAGGAGCUGCCAGUGCACUAUCCAGAGCAGGAGACAGAGGUCUUUCCAGGGAACGAUGUCAUGAUUCCUGUGGAAGAGGAAGGAAAGGAAUUCCAUCACCCCACCACAGCCACUGAAAAGUGAUGGCCAGCUGAGAAGGUGUGUGAAACUACGAAAACAUCCAGUGUGACACUAAGCCUGAACCUACACUGAGGGAGGUGAACCCAGAGUUUCUUACACAACCUGAAAACUAAAGCGCCAAAAACAUUCAACUUAUUUCAUCCAACCAACAAGAGGAUCAUCCAAACCACUGGUUGACAUCAAAUAUUUCCUCUUUUCCUUGCUCUCCCCAGUACCACGCUGGAAACAAACUGGAAUCAAAGUUACAGAAUUCAGAGGACGUGUGGAUGCAAACUCCAGUUUCACAGUUUGCUUUCUCUGCAUGAAGGAAUGGAAUUAAAAUGGUUAUUCCUUUUAGCUCUGAAAACUCUGGAUGGAAUUCUGAGUUACCCUUGAGACCCAGCCAUGUUUCACAUUUGUUCUCCAUUGUACUUCAGACCAAUCCUUCUAUUUGUUUUUAAGCCUGAUUCACGUUUCUUCAAUUCUUGAGGUCCCUUCCCAAGCCAUUCUGUGAUUAUGAAAUCAUUCCUAAGUGCAGAAAACAUCCUCUUCUGAUUGAAGUCAGACUGGCUGAACGUUUGGAUGUUGAAUGAACUAUGGGUGAAGGGCAAUGACUGCAAAGGGGAAAAGAAGAACUGGGUUUCUACAAAAAAACAAAAUAAUAGGCACAGCAAUGAUUUCCUUGAGUUGUUAAUAUCUGUUUGUUUUAGAAGAAUUGUUCGUGUUCAUCACAGUGACACUGAUUUGCAUGUCUGUUCCUCAGAAAUAAUUCUGUUUGGUUUUGUGGUCAGCUGCCCCGUGUUACGCAGUUUCAGGUCUUUUAAUGCUGCAUGUUUGAUAACUGUAAAUGCUGUGGUGCUGACUGCUUUUGUGCAGUCAGGAGCACGGAAAAUGAACAGGGUGACAAAGUGUGCCUUAAG